CGCUGAGAAGGGCAAUCGGCACACCGUGUCUCGCUGCCCGAGCCCGAGAGGUCGUGUCUUGACAAGUAUGAAACCCAAAUGAUCUUCAGGUGCUGAAGGGUUCUCAAAUGCAUCAGGCUGGGCGAAGACUGGGAAGUUCUCGCGAUUGGACCAGCUCCCAAAUUAGAAAUGGCAGCAUCGGCAACUUGACAGGAUAUCCAAUACCUGCCUGCCAUGUGGGGUCGAGAAGCUUCGGUGUUCAAAGACAACAGAACAUGUCGAAGAUACUUCCAAUUUCUGGCUGGAAGUACAAACCCAAAGUAGGGUGCCCAGAGACCCUGUCUCUCUUCAGCGGCCUUGGCACUCGCGACCAAAAGAUCCUCACACUUUUUGCACGAACAGUGCGGGAGCUCGCCAAACCCCCAUCCUUCAAAAUCAUCGCCUCAAGAUCAAGCCUCCCUCCCACGGUUAUGGCGUCUUUGACGAGCAACACGUCUCCUCAGCUUUCGCCGAAAGUUCCGCGAUCCUGGUAUCUCACGACGAGGCACAUCAGCCUUGAAGCUGGAGGCUUCCCUCGGAAUGCUCAAUCAGGAAUGCCGCUUGUCCAUGCGGAAGUUCAUAGGUAUCUAACACGUUCACAGCAUGUACUGUACAAGUAUCUCUUGGGAGUGGCUUGCCGAGCUUGGAGCUGCAGUUGCUGCACGAUGCUGCAAAUGUCCGAAUGCAGGCGGAUCGUACAUUGUGCAGCGAGCCUAUCGUCCACUGGGGAGAAACACUGCGUUUACAGCUGUCGUGGACGAAAGCCAUUCUUCAACCUCCAUGGCCCAUGGUCGUCUACUGAAAUCUUCUUCUUUCCCGGCAUUACUCGAAUCUCCCACCGAAAUGGAAGCCGUAACUUGGACGAAGAAGGACUUCCCAGAAAAUCCGUCGCACAAUGAAGCCAUAAGAACGGUAGCUCUCAUUAACACUUUCGAAACAUGGAGCCCCACGA